AUGAGUAGAGAGAUCAGUGACGCAAUUCAUCUUGGCUCGCUUGAAGUUUUCCAUUCGAUGGGUGAGGUCGACACAUGUAUAAGGGAGGCCAAGAAGGCGUUGUGUGAGCACAAUGUUAAAGAAGCAUUGCAGAAACUUAAGCCUUUCAAAAAGUCACUAAGUAGCACGGACAACGUCUCGUUGAUUCAAGCAUUCGCUGAUGCUUAUCUUGAUGAUGGUCAAUUGGAGAAGGCAUAUCCGUUAUUAUCGAGGGCUUGCGAACUCGAUGCUGAUGGCAAACAGGGCGGUUCGGAGAAGUUCUUCACUUUAGGACAGGCAACAGGUGGUCAGACGGGCUUAAGUAUAUUGCUACAGGGUAUCGAGAAUAUUUCAAAGGAAGCUGGCGAAGAGCUUAACCAAGAGCAGACGGAUAAAAUAGUUAGUGGGCUUCUGUCAAUGAUCGAGAUAUGGAUGACGGAUUUGUGCAUGGAAGCUGAAGCAGAGACACAAUGCGAGGAAUUGCUGGGGAAAGCUAUGGAGAUUAGUGACGGUAAGUCGCCAGAAGUUUGGUCGAUGCUUGGAUCGGUCAGGAUCUCGCAGCAAAGAUUCGCGGAGGCCAUCGAAGCGUUCACUCAGUCGUGGAAUUUCUUCGAGAUCAAAAGACAGGAUAUUGAGAGAAGAUCAAAAGCCAUGGAGGCAUCCAGCUACGAGGAGCAUGUCCAGCUGUUGCAGCCGCUGUUAUCGCUGGCCAAGAUGUGCAUCGAAAUGGGGCUCUAUGAUAUAUCUUUGAAUAUUCUCAACGUGGUCACAGACAUUGACGAGGAUAACUUGGAAGCUUACUACCUGCAAGGGUUCACUUAUUAUAUGAUAAGCAAGAUGGAGAUGUUCAAAUUGACAAACCCGGAUGUCGUCGUGAAGCCGGAGAAUAUGCUCGAGUUUAACCAGCAUUUCAAAGAGCUGAGUCUUGACCUGAACAACGAAAGUCUAAGCGAAACAAUUCACGAGGCAAAGAUAGCGUUGAGCUUUGCAUUCAGGCUGGGCCAAAAUGUGGGGGCAAUGGACGAGCUUACUUACGAGUUGGUAGCGGGCACCGAAGAGAUCUUAGACGAACUAGGCGGCCCGCUAAGUGACCAAGAGCUUGCUGCUGUCAGGAAAGGCGCUGAUGGCGCCGAUAUCCGCGACCCAGACGCCAUGCUCGAUGAGUUAUGCAAUGAAGAUAUAUAA